GAUGAUACUCGACUCCAUUCCUCGGACUGGUGCAAUUUGUUUUUGUUUUUAUUUUUCAACCGUGGAGAAAGCGUGCUGUUUUGAUGGAAUGGAAGCCCUCCAAAUGAGUCCACAGAAGCAACCAAGCAACACCUAUUUCAUGAACUCACUCUCCUCCAAGCUCAACCCAACCUUCUCCUACUCUUUCAAACUCCGAGCCUUCUUCUGUACCUCUUCUCUAACUCCAUUAAAUUUAGAACCAGCCCAAAACCUUCUAACCCAACCUCCAAUUCUUACUCCAACAAAAACAAAAGCCGCUCUUUCCAGUAACGGUGUUGCGGGCAGGGUUGUUGAGGCCUCGGCUGCUCGACUCAAGGAGAACUGGUUGGAUUCCCUCACCUGCCCUUUCCCUGAUAAUUCCGCCCCUCUCGAGGACAAUGGGACCAAUGCGGGUUCGGAUUGGGUUCUCGGUAUCGAUCCGGAUACUCAUGGCGCAUUGGCGCUGUUGAGAACCGCUGAGUCCGGUUCUUCUGCUCAGGUAUUUGACUCUCCACACUUGCAAGUACUAGUUGGGAAAAGAGUUCGACGACGUUUAGAUGCCAAGUCUAUUGUUCAGUUGCUUCGCAGUCUUGAUGCUCCCAUUGGAACUACUGCAUAUAUAGAACAAUCAAUCCCCUAUCCACAGGAUGGCAAACAGGGGUGGUGGGGUGGAGGCUUUGGGUAUGGGCUAUGGAUUGGGAUCUUGGUCGCCUCUGGAUUUUCUGUUGUUCCAGUGCCAUCUAUAUUAUGGAAAAACCAGUUUGAACUCUUUGGAGGGAGAUCUACGAAGGAUGAUAGCCGGACAGUUGCAUCCACAUUAUUUCCAUCAUUGGGUCCCUUACUGAAAAGAAAAAAGGACCAUGGAAGGGCUGAAGCUCUACUUAUUGCUGCCUAUGGCAAGGGCAUGAAGAAGUUAAACCCAUCAUGCACAUCAGAUGAAGUGUUGCCUUAAUAUGGCAGAUUGCACCGGCAUCUCUCUUUAACUACAAGAUCUUAAUAUGUGCCAGUUGUCAAUUCUCUGAAAGCAUGUGGUGGAAUGAGUUAUUGAAUGAGAAGUGAACUAGAGCAGCUCAAUAGAUUCGCUUUUGUCAGGGCUCUGGUGUUUCUCUCAGAUUCAAAAGAGACCUGGUAGAAGGCUGAUAUAACCAUUUUUAUUGCUGACCAUAUGAAGUCACAUCAUGUACAUCCCGCUGUAGUGUUGCAGGAGUAUUAGAUAUUUGAAAAAGUCUUUGUUUUUGGAAAAAAGGGCUAUUUCUUCUUGCCAUAUCUUUGCACUCUGUCUUUCUUAUAUGCUAAAUUAUGAUUUGCAGUUCAGAUAGCCAACUAAAACAAAACAAAUGCCUAAGGACCUGAGUUUUAUCCAUUCCAAUCUCUAAAAUGAGAGGAGAUGAUGAUACAUGGAAACUGUUUUUCAAAGUGUUCUAUUAUGAGGCGAAUGAGAUUGCGUUAAAUACAGAGGGUUGCUAGAAUGAUUUUCCUGUGGACAUGAUAGCAUGGAGCUGUGACAAUCAAUGAGAAAAUGCUUUUGGCUGUGGUGAUGAAAGUAGGAGAAAAAUAUUGAUUUUGAUCAAGUUAUUGGUUGAUUUCUACACUUCUGCUGACUUCUAAUGGAAUAAACCUUUGGACUAACAAAGUUGAGGAUGUGAAGAUGAGAACUUGUUAUAUUGAUCCUAAAUAAAAAGAGGGAUGAAGCUAAUUGAAGGCAUAUGGAUUUUGGAGGAAUUGUAAUUUGUGGGGAGGAUGAUUGGGAAUUAUGGUGCACUCAUAGGGAGAAAUUAUUGGAUCUGAUGAAGGUGAUAUUGCUGUGAAUCCCUUCUGGACAAUGUCGGCGGAGAGAUAAAGCCCGGGACCGGCUUUUGUUAACUCUUUCAAAGCAAUAUUUAUAAAAUUGGUAAAGAAGUGGAAUUCAUUUCUCCCCCUGAAGAUAUUGAGAAGAGAGAUCUUAUUACUGAAAUAAGGUUGGUAAGAAAUGAGGAAAUAGCAUAGUGCUAAUUGGUUAUUUCUUAGAAUCCUCACCUUACUAAGUUGAUGUUCAGUAAUGUUGAAUCUUGGAAAUGAUGUGUAAAAGUUCUUUUGUUUUGUUGGAAGAGAUUAGACUAGCAUUGCCUCUUCCAAUUUAAUAAUGUUCUAAGUUUAGAACACAUCCCUUUUAUAGAAAAGAAUAGACAACCACUCGUCAACUUUUCAGAGGAAGUGCUCAUGGAUGGGGUGUGGUUAGUUGGCCGUUUUGUGCUCCUCACCCUACCUAAGUGUGAAAUUUUUGUGGAUAAAUACACCUAAAAUCUUUAAA